AUCAGGGUAGGAGAUGGGCUCUCUGUUUUGGUUACUAUAUUUCCACUUCUCGACCGAAUCGGAUGGUCUUCUGGCCAGAAUCGCGAUCGGGUCGAAACAUACUCGUUUUGUUGUUACUUAAAAAAAAAAAAAGGGGGCAGUUGCCUGAAACCGCCGAGUAAUUAGCAUAAAUCUGCAACGAAACAGAGAUCCUCUCCGAUUCCGGACGCUCUCCUCAGCGCGUGCGCGUCGUUUUUUUUGGCCAUUUUUUCCGGAUACGCGUUGUCCUGUUUUUGGAUUAUAUUUUUUUUUUCGUGUUUUUUCGAAAUUGUUGCAAGUUUUGUUGGUCUUUUUGUUGGCGUGUUUGUUUUAUAAAAUUGUGGAUUUUAAAGAUAACCCAAAUUCGAAGGCAUUCCUGCAGUGCGUGUGUAUUAGUGCAUGCAUUCCCCUCUCUCUCUCUGCCUUGAUCUGCCUCUCUCACCGACCGAGUGCGUAUGUGUGCGUGUGUGGUAGUUGCAACUAAAAACCAAAAUUAAACAACAAAACAGAGAAACAGAGAAGGGAAAGAAAAACUUAACCAAGCGACAAUGUGAUGCGAUGCAGCGAUAAACAAAAACAAAAGCACGACCACUGCACUGCAACUGCAACUGCAGAAAAGCAAAAAAACAAAAAAAAAACACGGAAAUGCACUUGAGCGCAUAAUUUUUAUAAGCCAAGCGACAAACGCACACUUAAAAAAAAUACAUAUAUAUAUAAACUAAAAAAUAAAAAAAAAAACGAAGCUACUGAAGGAAUAUAAAUAGAAGAAGCAGCACAAGAAAUUAAGAGUCAGCAAAAAAAAUAAGAAAAAAAAAAAGAAAAGAUCAAGAAGCAGCGUCAACACACGAGAGAAAGAGAGAGCCAGAUACCUGCUCGCCAUUCUCUCCCUUUUCAGACUCUCUCUCAUUUUUCGGCUCUCUCCCAUCAAGUAUGAGUAUGUGUGAGCUACACUGAGCGAAAAAAAGGGGCAAUCACAAAAUGUUGCAGGCUGCUUGUGACGCCACCACAACAACAACAACAGCAGGAACAGGAACAACAACAACAGGAGCUACAGUGAACCCCGAUCAGAGCACCACAGCAGUAGUCGCUACACCGGAAGAAAAAUCGCAGCGAAGACGAUCCACGUUCUAUGUGCCACUGGUGAUCGAGGACGAGGAGGAGGAGGUGGAGAAGCAGAAGGAGAAGGAGGCAGCCACGGAGAAGGACCUCCCCCUACCCCAGAAGUCCGCCAGCAACUCGAGUCUGAGUAGCAGCUCGGAGACGAGAUCCGCGACCCGGAACUACAGCCUCCGGAAGUCGGGCAGCUCGGUGGCCAAGAGCGGGGUGGCCAGGAUCAACGCCCUCUUCGAGCGGAAGUCCUCCGCCCCAAAGAUGUCGCCACCGUGCGGCUUCAACUGGAGCAUCAGUGGCUCGGAGCAGGCCGGCCAGUACUCGGACACCGACGAGGAUGAGGAGAACUCCUCGGAGGCUCGUCAUCGGGAGCAGCUCCUCAAGUCCCUGCCCAUCUCCACCAGCUCUGCCGCCGCCUCCACGUCAUCCCCCUCCAAGCUCAAGAGAUAUGGAAUCGUUCUGAACGUCAUCAGUUUGAAUGGCAGUGAUGGGGAGUCGCCAGGACCACCGGCCCUACCGCCCACUCCGGCGCCCCGUACCCACUUCAACGAGGACAACGACAUUGUCCUGGCCACGCCCACUAAGCCUAGCAUCACCACCACGGACUAUGACGACGACUCGGAGAUCAGUCGGAUGCAGACCAACACCUCCACUCCCAUAAAGCUGAUGAAAUCCCGAUCGCGCACCAAUAUACUGGCCGUUCCGCUGCCCUCCGUGGAGAGGGGAUUGGCGUCAUCGCUAGCUACGGCGUCAUCACCGGCGAGUACCACUACCACUGCCACUACCACUACAACGACUACGACGAUUACGCUCCGGGCCAAGUCGAAGACUCUGCCGCAGAACCUAUCGCCCUCAGUAGUACUGCGAGAGGCGGCGGCUCUGGAUGAGCUGGAAAGGAAGCGGGAACGGGAACGGAAUCAGAACCGGAAUCACGACAAUCAUGAUAAUCGCGACAAGCAACGUCAGCUGUUCGGAUCGGGAUUAGUUUCCGGGAGCGGGUCACCCUACAAGCUACAGAACAGCACCUCGGCCACCUCGAUUUUGACGCACAGCUUCCCUCCGAAGAACCUCUUCCUGCUGAAGUCAACGCCCAAGCUAUCCCCCCCAGAGAUCACCACCUCGAUCAUCACUUCGCCACCGAAGAAGUCGCUCAGCUUCAUCCGGAGAGCCCACUCCACGAAGGUCUCGAGAAGCAACUCCCUGCUGCAGAAAUCCGGACAGAACAGUGGUGGCCUGCCGGCAGGAGCGGUACCAUCCGGAGGAGUCAUGCACCACCACCACCAGGGGGGCUCCAGCCUGUCCAGUUGCGCCGGCGGUGGUGGGAGUGGAGGUGGCAGUGAUAGCUCCAGUGGAUAUGGGAGCUGGGGGAAGCACUUCUACCAGCCCUACGACGUCUGCCCGCUGAGUUUGGACGAGCUGAACUGCUACUUCCAGGCGGACCACUGCGAGGAGCUCAUCUGCGAACGGUUCAAGAUCAAGGCCAUAUACCUGGCCUCCACAUCCGCAUCGGCAUCCGUCUCUGGAGCUGGAGGGGAUCUAUCUGUGAAUGAAACCACAGACUCGACGGCAACGGUCACUGGGACACCGGAGGAGGAUGCAGGACAUCAUUCUGAUACUUCCUACGAGAAGGCUUGCCGUCGAGGAUCCGCACCCACAACGCCCAUCCUGGGCAGCAAACAGCACCAGACGGAGCACAAUGCUACCUCCAGAUUCACAAAUUUCUUUUCCAAAAAGUCUAAUCCGCUGAAGCGGACUAAGUCGGUGACCAAGCUGGAGCGCACCAAACGCGGUUCUGGCGGCCUGAGGGGCUCCCGUUCCCACGAGAGUCUGCUGUCCAGUCACGCCGUCAUGUCCACCAUAGAUCUCUCCUGCACUGGAGCUGUGGGCGUGGCGCCUGUACACCAGUCGGUGCUGGGACGACGGCACUGCUUCCAGGUGCGCGGCGGGCCGCGGGGCGAACGCUACUACUCGUGCGGUUCGCGCCAGGAGCGCGAUCUCUGGAUCUACUCGCUGCGCAAGUCGAUAGCCCCCAAUGCCGAGCACACCCGUCGCACCGACAACUCCCUGAAGAUGUGGGUGUACGAGGCCAAGAACCUGCCGCCCAAGAAGCGCUACUUCUGCGAACUGCAACUGGACAAGACCCUCUACGGCCGGACGUCCGUCAAGCUGCAAACGGAUCUGUUGUUCUGGGGCGAGCACUUCGACUUCCCGGACAUCCCUGAGAUCAAUGUCAUCACCGUCAACGUGUUUCGUGAGGUGGACAAGAAGAAGAAGCGCGACAAGUACCAGUUUGUGGGCUCCGUGAAGAUACCAGUGCACGAGGUGACCUCCAGAUUGCCGUGCGAACACUGGUAUCCGAUACUGAGCGAGAAGGCGGGCGACAGCCUGGGACGGCAAUCGGGCGGCGGGGGCGGUGGGAGCUCCAAGGAGAAGGAACAGGUGCCGACGCUACGGAUCAAGUGCCGCUUCCAGAGCACCGACAUCCUGCCCAUCAACAUCUACGCCAACUUCCUGGCCUACCUCAAGGAGAACUACAAGAAGGUGUGCGAGACCCUGGAGCCGGUCAUCGGUGUCAAGGCCAAGGAGGACAUUGGCCAGGCUCUGGUGCUGCUGAUGCACGCCCAGGGCUUGGCCGGCGCCUUCCUCACCGACGUGGUGGCCCUGGAUCUGUUGCGCGUGGGAGACCAGCGGCUGACCUUCCGCGGCAACUCCCUGGCCACCAAGAGCAUGGAGGCCUUCCUGAAGCUCACCGGCGAACAGUAUCUCCAGGACACCCUCUCGACACCCAUCUGCGAUCUGAUCCAGUCGGAGCGGGACUGUGAGGUGGAUCCCACCAAGGCUACCGGCUCCUCGGCGGGCUCCCUGCAACGUCAGCAGGCCGCCCUGCGCAGUGCGGUGCGGGGGGCGUGGCAGUGCAUCUUUGAGUCGCACAAGCACUUCCCCGCCCAGCUGCGCAACUGCUUCGCUACGUUCCGGGAGCGAUUGCAGCAACUAGGACGGCAGGACAUGGCCGACAACCUGAUCUCGGCCAGCAUUUUCUUGCGCUUCCUGUGCCCGGCGAUCCUGUCGCCGUCGCUCUUCAACAUCACCACCGAACUGCCGUCGGCGCGGGCCACCCGCAACCUGACCCUGGUGGCCAAGACCCUACAGACGCUGGCCAACUUCACCCGGUUCCAGGGCAAGGAGAACUUCAUGGAGUUCCUCAACGAUUUCCUCGAACAGGAGGCGUCGCGCAUGCAGCAGUUCCUGGAGAUCAUAUCGACCAGGCCGGAGCACCCGGCCCCAGACUCUAUCCUCGACUGGGCCGGCUACAUAGACCAGGGCAAGCAACUGUCCAUCCUGCACAGCCUGCUGAGCGAGAGCCUGGCCAAGCUGCCGGAGGCCAGGCAGCACGAGCUGGAUCCCCUGCAGCACAUCCUCGACGAGAUCACUCGCGCCAAGGAGCAGGGAAACCUGGGCAUGGCCCUACCCGGCGGCUACCUGCCGGCCACAUCCUCCACCCACUCGAUAGCCAGUGAGAACCAGGAGAACCGUAAUCCGGGUGGAGGUGGCUCCAAUCAGGGCUCGGUUACGGCAGCGGGUUCCGCCAAUCCGGAGCAACUGAUGACGCAGCAGAGCCAGCUGGCCCAGCCGCAGCAUGCCAUCGUCAGCAAGCCGAUGUCCGCGGAGCGGGGCAUCAUGAGGGGCGUCCUGACGCCCAACUCCCUGGAGAAGAACAUCUUCCGGUACAAUGAUCCCACGGUGAACGGCUUGUUGCAACAGCAGCAGCAGCAGCAGAUGCAGCAGCAGCAGAUGCAACAGCAACAGAUGCAACAGCAGCAGCAGCAGCAUCAUCUGCAGCAACAUCAGCAUCCCCUCCAGCUGCUGUCCAACUCCCAGACCUCGAUUGCCGGCAAUCAGUACAUCAACUCACCAGGAGGAGGAGGCAACGGAGGAGGAGGAGUAGGAGGUGGCCUGCAGCACGCCCAGUCCCAGACAUCGAUGGCGUCCUCCUCCCUCAACGGCAGCAGCAGCAACCUGUUGCACCAUCACGCCCAGCAACUGCAUCCGGGCCACCACUGCCCGCCGGCACCACAGACCAGUGCCUCCAGCACCAUGGAGCGAAUGGAUCGCCUCAACUAUCCCAUGUAUGGGAACAAUGGCAAUGACUACGAGGCUAGUACUCCAUCCAGUACACGUUCCAGGACACUACCAAGGAAUGCCAACAACAUUGUCAGCAACAACAACAACAAUAACAAUAACAACCAGAGUGGCAGCUACGAUGACAUGCACGGUGACUUCCAGAUCCAAAUCUCUGGCCUGGACACGAGCAGUGCCUUUGUCUGCAAAUCCCCCACCCCGAUGAUGAAGUCCAUGGGAGCAGCCGGUGGCAAUGGCGGGGGCGGUGGACGACACAAGCUGAAUCUGGGCAUUCCCGAUCAUUCCGGGGGGCACUAUGGCCGCGGCAGCAACCUGAAUCCCAACUCGAAUAUGCCCAAGAAUCUGGAGGAUCUCGACGAUCUGUUCAAGUAUGCCGAGGAGCAUGACGCGGCCGAGCAGACGGCCAUGUCCGGCCACCAGCAUCAGGUGUAUCCGAUGACCCAGAUCCAUCUGCUGAAGCCCCAGAACGGCGGCAAUCCCGGCAAGGAGCAGCUGUCCGCGAAGAGCAGUCAUUGCAGCUCCGGCUACCAGAGCAUCUCCACGAAUCCGUCGCCCUCGCAGUCCUCCAGUCCCGUGGAGAGCCAGCUGAAGGCAACGAUGGGUCACAUUGCGCCCCUGGCCUUCAAGAAUCCCUCAUACCAGCUGCAGCCCAAUCAGAGCUCGACAGGAUCGACGGGAAGAGGUGGAGGAGGCAGUGGCAGUGGCGGCGGUGGUGGAGUCUCUGGUGGUGGGAAUCGUGAGCAGUUCUCCAGCCAGCGUUUGAAACCCCUUGGGGGUGGACUGGUGGCGGCCCGGGCUGCCUUCUUGAAUAGCGGCGGAACCCUGGACGCGGCCACCCUGACGCCCAGCUCCUCGGACGAACAGCUCUCGGCGGACAACUACUACACAUAUGCGGCGGCAGCGGCAGCCGGGGCUGGGAUGUCGGCCACCAAACUGGAGGCCCAGCGAUCCCUGAGCGGCGGCAGCAGCUCCUCGACCUCCGCCUCCACCUCGAAUCUGGGCAAGGUCUCUGCGGCCUAUGGGCGCCUGAACGGAGCCCUCAAGCGGGAGGAUGUCUACGGCAGUGGAUACGGAGGAAGCAGCGGUAAUCUGGGCUAUGGAAUGGCCACACCCGGAGGCGGGGUCCAGCAUCCGCAUCAGCGCGAAAGAGAGAGGGAGCGCGAGAGAGAGCGGGAGAGGGAGCAGGAACUGAAGCAGUUCGGUGGCAAUGGAGGAGGAGGCAGUGGAGCAGGCAACUCGGCGGCCCAGCGGCGUCUCAGCUUGGACUCGGCACGUACGCUCUCCGACAGUAGCACGGAUACAGAGGGACACUGCAAUCAGCUGCAGGAAGGUAAGCGACGUCGUCACCUGCGCAGCAGUGGCGGCAGCAACGGCGGCCAGGAUCAGGCCAGGAUUUCUGGCCAAGAUCAGGCCGGCCUCAGCAAGGGCUAUGACCAAAAUGGAGAGAUCCAGCUACUGCAGCAGACGCUGGACACGCUCCGGCACACCCUCGACCGGGAUGAGGCCGAGCUGCGUGACUCCAGCGACGAACUGUUCGGAUUGCAGCGUCCGGCCGGGCAGAAUGGCUCCAAUGGAGCCAAUAACCUUAGCCUGCAGUCCGAGUCCACCAUGCGCAGCAUUAUCGACAGACUCAUCACCAUGGAGGAGGAACUGCGUCGCGAGCAGCUGAAGAUGUCCCUGGCCCUGUCCCACAAGCAGCGAGUGAUCGAGGAGCAGGGCCAGCAGAUAGCGGCGCUGGACGCGGCCAACAGCCGGCUGUUAAGCGCCCUGACCGCCCUCCGGCAGCGCUACGAGACGCAGCAACAGGCGCAGCAGCAACAACAGACGCAACAGCAGCAGCAGCAGCACCAAGCACCACCAAAGAAAUAGAAGCCACACUGAGUGGACCAGGAAGAGCAGGGAGCAGGAUAGUGGAUAGUGGAUAGAGGAUAAAGGAUAGUGGAUAGAGAGAACUCCAUGUAGGAGGAGUACGAAUAAUUCGGAGACCAAGAAGAAAUCGAAAGAAACCUAUUGACGGUGGCAUCCAAAGAUGCUCAAACACACCAUUUUCGGGAGCGAUAUCUUUUUGUUUAUUUUUUUUUAGCUAUUUUUUUUGUAUGCUACAUAAAUUAUACUACAUGUUUAAUAUAUAAACUACACAUAACAUACACACACCAUAAAACUCUAUCAAUAAUUUCUCAAUCUAUGUUAUAAAAAUGGAAGGAAACAAGAAACCAACAAACAAAUGUGAAAAGCUAAACACUGAGGUGGCACUAAGAUGGAUAUAUGUAUGAUCCUUGAGAGAUCGGAGCAGGCAGUGCGAGGAAUGAAAGAGAAAAGCAAGAACAAGUUAAGAUAAUGAAUAAAAUUAUAACCAAAGUUAGACAAAAA